UCUCUUGCUACGACUAGUGAGGGUGAUCACAUUCCAAUCAUUUAGUCGACCAACCAUGGCACUUUCCAGCUCUGUGGGUAAACAAGGUCAAGUAGUUUUUUUCGAGUGUGGCUAAUGUUAACAGUGUAAGCACCACCAGCCUUUGUUCCUUCUUGCAGGUUAACGUCCACACACGUGCCUGUGCUGAACAUACUAGUACACAACUAGUUUAACCGACUAGUAAUUCUAGCGACAUCCCCAGAUAAAACCAAACUGAUUUUGUAAAGUGACCUAACUUUGAAAUGUAAAUCUCUUAUCGUGGUUUCUUCAAAGGGUAUUUACUGGGUAUAGGUCUGAGAGAGAAUGGGCCUUAUCAGUCUCUGGUGGAGUUUCCUCUCGGACAGGAAGGGGGCUUCCUCUGCUUCCUGUACUGUAGUGUGUUACUUUGUGUGCGUGUCUGUGUGUGUUUGUGUGUGGCCCCAGGAGAGAUUGCAAAAGAACAAUCAGUGUAGAAAGAGAAAGAACAAGAGUGAAGCAGCCGACACAAAAUCUAUAAUAACUUGGACAGAGAGCGACGGCGACACUGGAGGGAACCAUGGAAAAAUUAACUGAGAGACAGAUACAAAGACGACAAAAGACAAACUGACACAAAAAAAAAAAAAUCAGGAAGACCAAGACCAGGAAGGCAAGUUCAGAGGAGGACUGAUGAACGAUGGAUUAUGAACCCAAGAAAGCCAAGAAGAGUUUUGUUUCUCCUAUUAAGCGUCUGGUCUGGUCAAAAUCUGCUCGCAGACCAGUUGAUCGAGGCAGCGUGUACCGUCGCCCGCUGCACACUGUUCCUCUUUACCCUCCUGACUACCUCAUCCACCCUGAGAGACUCAUCUUCGACUACAUAGAGAAGGAGGUCAAGUUCCUUGGCCACCUGACAUGGGUGUCAGUGUCAUUAAACCCCUCCAGCCGAGACGAGCUACUACAACUACUGGACACAGCAAGGCAGUUGAAGGUGCUGCCGUUGAAGACCAGCGUGGAUCAGGACUGUAUCCUGAGUUUAUCCGCUCGCUGUCUGCUGCUGACAUGGAGAGACAACGAGAAGCUGCUGGUGAGGAUUCCCACGCAUGAGAUCGCCGCUGCCUCCUACCUGAGAGAUGACGCGCUGCACCUGCUGGUCCUGAAGACAGGUCUGAACGUCGAUACAGUUGUCGCAGGCGACGACAGCCUGGACAGGAAAAAAACAACAGGCGUAGACGGUCGACGUCAAACCAUGAGUAAUGCUGACCCCCGGCCUGCAGGGGGCACAAUGGAGCGAAGACACACCAUCUGUGGAGUGGACUGGAGGCCGUCCCUGUCCAGGAGUAACCACGACAAAAACCAGAAUGUGGAUAGAGGCGGAGUGGGAGUGGGAGUGGGAGUGGGAGCGGGAGGAGGUGGAGAGAGAGCAGGAGGAGGGAGUCUGGAGAGGAAGAGAGUGGGAGGGAGCUGGGAGAGGAGGCAGCAAACACGUAAAACAGGAGGAAGCUGGGAGAACCGCAGAGCGAGACCCAUGAGUGGGAGCUGGGGGGUGGGAGUAGGAGUAGGAGGAGGUGCUGGAGGGAGUUGGGAAAAGAGGCAUGGUGGAGGUGGAGGAGGUAGCUGGGAGAGGAGGGGAGGUGGUGGAGGAGGAGGAGGUGGCGGGGGGAGCUGGGAGCGGCGGCAAGCCUGCACAGGAAGUUGGGAGCGGGGGAAGAGUUAUGGCAGCUGGGAGAGGAGGAACCACAAUCCACUGGAACCAACGCCCUGCCCGGACGCCUACUGCAACCUGGUCAUCCUGGCUGUGGAGAACAAGGAGGCCGCAGAGGAGUACUGCUCUCUGAUCUGUCAGAUGUUCCAGAUCAUUUACGGCCAUCAGACCAUUGAGUGUGUGGACAGAGCAGGGUUUCACCACACCAUGCCCGACCGCUUUUGGCUGCAGAGAAGUGACAGCUGUCUGACUGACAUGUCCUACAGUUAUGAUCCAGACUUUAGCUGCUGCAGCUCAUAUGAUGGUUCCCAGGAUGCCUUUGAGCUCUACUACAGUGAGACGUACAGUGAGAGUUCAUCUCUCUCUCUGCAGGACUCCCAUCGCAGUCUGGCUUCAGUCAGCGACGGAGGAGACAGUAACCCUGCUCUGCUGCUGAUGCAGGAGUACAUGAUAACACUGCGUAAUAAGCUGAAUCCGGUGGAGUUGCAGCACUUUGCCGUGUUGCUGAGAGAAUAUAGAUUGGGAUCAAACAUUGACUACUUCUGCUCUGAGUUGCUGCAACUGUACGGAGACAACCGCAAGUUCCUGCUGAUGGGUAUGCGCCCGUUCAUCCCUGAUAAGGACGUCGGGGUGUUUGAGGGUUUCCUGGAGAGCAUUGGGAUCCGGGAGGGCGGGAUUUUAACCGACAGCUUUGGACGAAUCAAACGCAGCAUGAGCAGCACGUCGGCCACGGCCAUGAGAGGCAGGUAUGACCACAGCUCGAUGGCGUCGGGAUCUCAGGAAUUCAACCGACGCAUCACGGACAUCACCCACGACAUCCAGGCGCUCGGCUUCCAGGACACACACGGAGACAUCGAGGAGGAAGACUACUACCUCUGAUGGAGGGAUGAAGGGGAAACACAGACUCAGUGUGACACCGUGUUUGAACUUUCAGUGUGACCGAGUUCUCUCCUUCUACAGAGAAAUAAACUGUAAAUUAGU